GAGGUAGUUUUCAUAUUUUUGUUAAGGUGGUCGGUUGUGUUGUUUGCUUUCGCGCAUUCUUUUAAUUUUAAUUUGUUUAUUUUGAUUCUUAACAAUGUCGGCGUCGGGGGAAAAUGUUUUGGUUCAAUUCACCAACUGUAGAUUGGUCCGCAACCAUCAGUUAGUCAAAGAUGAUUUAUGGAUACGGAAUGGACGUAUCAUCAAUCCAGAGCCCGUGUUUUUUGAUGAAAAGAAUGUGGCCCACAAGCGAUUCGAUUGCAAUAAUGCCAUAAUUGCAGCGGGGUACAUUGACCUCCAAAUCAAUGGUGGUUUUGGUGUCGACUUUUCGUAUGACACUGAUACGGUCGAAGAAGGUAUCAACAAAGUGGCUUGCGGUUUAAUAAAAACCGGCGUAACCUCAUUCUGUCCAACGAUAGUAACGUCUCCAAUGGAGACAUAUCAUAAAGUUUUGCCACGCAUUCCAGAAACUACAAACGGCGCUGGUGUCUUGGGUGUUCACUUAGAAGGACCUUUCAUAAACAUAAUAAAGAAAGGGGCUCAUCCAGAAGAGUGCAUAAAAUCUUUGGAGAAUGGUUUUCAAGGCCUAAUGGAUGUCUAUGGGUCACUAAAGAAUGUUAAAAUUAUAACUCUCGCCCCAGAACUAGAAUCAUCGGAAAAUGUUAUCAAACAACUUACGGAACAAGGCAUAACGGUUGCUGUGGGUCAUUCAAUGGCUAGCUUAAAACAUGGCGAAGCAGCUGUACAAAAUGGUGCAUCGUUAAUAACACAUCUAUUCAAUGCCAUGUCGAGUUUUCAUCACCGGGAUCCCGGUUUAGUGGGCCUUUUAGCUUCCGAUGACAUACCUAAGGGCCAGACGGUAUAUUUUGGAAUUAUAUCCGACGGCGUUCACACCCAUCCCACUGCUUUGCGAAUUGCUCAUCGAACACACCCCCAAGGUUUGUGUUUGGUUACGGAUGCCAUAUCUGCCCUAGGAUUGGAAGAAGGUAUUCAUCAUAUUGGACAGUUCAAACUUGAGGUAAAAGAUUCCAUGGCAUUUGUUGCCGGUACAAAUACGCUUUGCGGUAGUAUCGCCCCCCUAGAUGAAUGUGUGCGCAUCUUUAGGAAAGCAACAAAUUGUUCAACUGUAUAUGCAAUCGAAGCUGCCACACUGCAUCCAGCCAAAUGCUUAAAAAUUGAAAAGUCUAAGGGAACUUUAGAUUUUGAUUCAGAUGCUGAUUUCAUAAUGUUGGAUGAUGAUUUGAAUGUAUUGUCAACGUGGAUUGAUGGCAAAUGUGUUUAUUGCAAUAAUGAAGUCACAAAGAAAACCUUUUCUUGUAAUAACUCUGUACAGAAUUGAUCGUUAGUAUCUAAUUUCCCCAAAAAUGUUUCGGACAUUUUACAAUCUACCUAUUGUUAAUUGUUUUUAUACCUAUAUAUAUUUUGUGUAUACACUUAUUUUAUAAACAAAUUUUAUAAUAAAUGUGUGUUGUUUUUAUAUUGCUA